AGUCACGUGGUCGUGCGGACCAAUGGCGUGCCAGUAGUGGCAGGACGUGGCAGCCGUGCAAAAUUCAUCCACGUCCGCCAUAUUGACAUUCGACAACUUCGGGGUGGAUUUCGUGUAUGUUCUGGCGCAUUUUUCGGAUAAUACGUGGAGUUUUCGUGCAAAUCCAGGUCUAGAUUGAGUGCGGCCAAUAACCAAAAACACCGCAAUGGGGAACGUGUUUGCCAACUUGUUCAAAGGACUGUUCGGCAAGAAGGAAAUGCGAAUACUGAUGGUUGGAUUGGAUGCAGCUGGUAAAACCACCAUUCUCUAUAAACUCAAAUUAGGCGAAAUUGUGACCACGAUACCGACCAUUGGAUUCAAUGUGGAAACAGUAGAAUACAAGAACAUCAGCUUUACGGUUUGGGAUGUGGGCGGUCAGGACAAAAUCCGGCCCUUAUGGAGACACUAUUUCCAAAACACACAGAUGAGCUAUAUCGAGCAUGGCGAGUGGAGAAAGGGUCUGAUCUUCGUAGUGGAUAGCAACGAUCGGGAGCGUAUCGGCGAGGCCAAAGACGAGCUGAUGCGCAUGCUGGCCGAGGACGAGCUGCGAGAUGCCGUUCUGCUGAUCUUCGCCAACAAGCAGGAUCUGCCGAACGCGAUGAACGCAGCGGAAAUCACCGACAAGCUCGGCCUGCACUCGCUCAGGAACCGGAACUGGUACAUUCAGGCGACCUGCGCAACAAGCGGCGACGGCCUGUACGAGGGCCUCGAUUGGCUGUCCAAUCAGCUGAAGAACACCAAUCGUUAGGAGUGUGCGCGCGCCGCCCAACCGAUUGUUUUUUACACGUAACUGGACUAAUGAGUGUUUACUAUUAAUUGCCCGGAUGUUGCGAAACACGCCCGCCAAUCAGAGCCGGCCCUGGGCGCGGUCUCGCAACAUGGGGCGCGGCCCCACUCCACUCACUCAGUCUGUCUCUUUCUCGCGCGUUGUGUCUGCCAAAGGGCCGUUUUUGGGGGGGGGGGCUGUUUCGUGGACAUUCCCCGUUUCACGUCAUCAAGUCAAGUCAAGCUGUAUUAUCGAAACAAAAUAAAUUUCUACCUAUAUUAACUUAUUUUGUCUACUUAGCACACUUUCGGAGGUUAGGUUCAGGUUCGGCUUUUAUUGAGGUUAAGCUACUGUACUUGAUUAUAAGAGAUUAUAAGCGUGUAGAUUU